AUGGACGCGCUCGGCCUCUACACCCCCGGCCCGGCUCCGCAGCACCUCCAGAACAACCCUAUACACCCGUUCUCGCACCACCCGCAACACGGGCGCCCGUCGAUCGCGUACGGUCUCUCGCCCGCGCCCUCGCCGCCCGGCAGCGCGCCGCCCUCGCCCCCGACGUACGCGUACGCCGCCGACGGCCAGAUCAUGUACCAACAGCCGCCGGCGUACCCCUCCUCGGACCCGUCGUCCUACCCGUACGCCCCGUCCGCGCCGUCCUACGCGCUGCAGACGACGACCGCCGGGCCCGCGCCGCACGAGGACGUCGACUACGGCAUGCCGUCCUCGUCCUCGGCGCCGGCGUACGCCCACGCCCCUCAACCACCGCACGCGUCGCCCUCGUCGUCGACCUCGACGACGACCCCGACGGCGCCCCCGACGACGAGCGCGGGUGCGCUGGGCAUGACGCAGCUCACGCGCCCGCUGACGGCGAAAGAGCAGGGCCUGCUCGCCCACCUCGACAAGCUCAAGUUCUUCCUCGCCACCGCGCCCUCGCACUGGGACAACCCCGCCGCCUCCUCCUCCUCCAUCACCACGCCCGCCUCUUCUUCCUCUUCCUCCUCGUCGUCGUCGUCUCUCGUCCCAGGCUCGUCGUCCGGCCUCGGUCCAGGCUCGGGUAGUCAAGCGGGCCACCACCCCUCGCUGAACCGCUUCCUCCUCCCGAACCAAGAAUCCGUCUCCUGCGUCCUCUGGUCCGGCCUGUACCACAUCACCGGCACCGACAUCGUCCGCGCCCUCGUCUUCCGCUUCGAGGCCUUUGGCCGCCCCGUCCGCAACAUGAAAAAGUUUGAAGAGGGCGUCUUCUCCGACCUCCGCAACCUCAAGCCCGGCGUCGACGCCUGCCUCGAGGAGCCCAAGAGCCCGUUCCUCGACCUGCUGUUCAAGUACCAGUGCAUCAGGACCCAGAAGAAGCAGAAGGUGUUUUACUGGUCCGUCCGAUUCCAACCAUCUAAUUUAUUUAUUUUCCUUCCUGGAAUUGACGGGGUGGCACACAGGUUCUCGGUCCCGCACGAUCGGCUCUUCCUCGACGCGCUCGAGCGCGAUCUCAAGCGCGAGCGGAUGGGCCAGGAGCCGACGACCGCCGUCGUGGGCGAGCCCGCGCUCAGCUUCACCUACGACCCCAAGCGCCCGCUCUACGAGCAGUUCUCGGCCGCGCGCGAUGGCGAGGGCGAGCUCGAGGCCGCCGUCCGCGUCGCCGACGAGGCCGCCAUCACCACCACCUCUUCCUCUGCCUCGACCUCUGCCUCUACAUCUAUCUCUAGCUCUGGGAUCGUCAACGGGUACAGGCGAACGAGCGGGACGACGGACGAUGCGCCGCGGACGACGCCCGAGAUGGACCACGAGCACUCGACGGACGAGAGUCUGUCGGCCGAGGAGGCGGCGAGGAAGCAGCAGCAGCGGCAGCGGAGACAGGGCGUGCCCGGAGGCUCGGGCGCCGCGUUCUUCAGCAUGCUGUCCUUGUUCGAGGGCAGCCCGACGUACAAGCAGCGGAGGAAGAAGCAGCCCAAGUCGUCCUCGGCCCACGCCCACGCGUCGUCGUCCUCGGCCUCCGGCGCGAACCGCAAAUUUGGCGCGCCGUUCACGACCGCCGCGCGCCCGUCGCGCGAGGGUGGUGGUGGAGGUGGAGGCGCGGAGGUGGAUAUGGGCGCGGGGUACGGCGCGCGGGACGGCGAUCUGAGCGCGGCGGAUAUGUUUCUGGCGCAGGCGAGGGAGGAGUUUGGGCCGCGGAGUUGGAGGGAGCGCGAGAGCGAGAGGAUGAGGAUGAGGAGGAAGGCGCCGCCGCCGCCCGCGUUGACGGGCGUCGCUGCUGCGAACGUGCACGGCAGGGUCCCGCUGGCAGGACCGUCGUCCGCGCCCACGUCGUCGCUCGAUAUGCGGGAUAUGGCGGUGCCGACGCUCGUGUCCGGCCCGCUCUCGUCGUCCGCCGCCGGAGGGUUUCCGUCGUCGCCGUACUCGCCCGAACAGGCGCAGUACGCGCGCGCUCAACCGCAGGCGAGGCACACCUACGCCGCCGGCGCCGGGUACGACCACCCCCACCACCAGCACCAGCAGCAGCAGCCGGCCAGCGCGCACGCCGCGACCCUGCCCGCCUCUUUCGACGCCAUCGACGGCCGCGCGUUCGCGUGCCCGCUUUACUCGUGCGGACGCACGUUCCGCCGCGCGGAGCACGCGCGGCGCCAUAUGCGCACGCAUACGGCGGAGCGCCCGCACGGGUGUGCCCGCUGUGGCCGCCGGUUCGCGCGCGCGGAUAAUCUGGCGCAGCACGCGAGGACGCACGCGCGCGCGGAUGCGGAGGGCGUCGCGCACGUCGACGACGGGGUGUAUGCGCACGAGCCGGAGGACGCGCGUGCGGACGAGGCGGACGUUGAUUCGGAGGACGAGAUUUAUGCGCAGCAACAGCAGCAGCAACAGCAACAGUACGCGACGUCCUUCGGCGUGCCGAGUCAGACGCAGGCGCAGGUCCAAGGUCAGGGGAUGGUGUCCGACUGGGUGCAGACCGCCUUCCCCGGCGCGGCGGCGACGGCUGCCGCCGUCCCGCCCGCGGUCGCCCACCUCCGCCACGGCAGCGGCGCCUCGUCCUCCUCGCUCGGCUCCACCAGCUCGCCGCAGCUGCACUACCGGUACCUCUCGCCCGACUCGGGCUCGUCGCUCUCCGCGCCGUCGACCAAGGCCUCCUUCGACCACGCCGCGCUCUACCCGCUCGGCCAGCAGCAGCCGUCCGUCGCGGGCCCCGUGCGCCGCUUCCGGAGCGUGACGCCCAACUACGCCCGCGCGGGCGAGAGCAUCCGCCGUCCGCUCACGGCGUCCAUCCCGGACUACGCGGGUACGGCGGCGGCGGCGGCGGCGAGGGCGUACCACCCCUACGCCGCCGCGUACGAGUCGACGCAUUCGAGCCCGGCGCACCAUACCGUGCCGCUCGCGUACGCCGCCAGCCAGAGCCAGAGCCAGAGCCAGACCCACUCGCGCCGGAGCUCGGGCGACGUGCCGAUGAUGGGCCUUCAGCCGGACGCGGACCCGUACGCCGCCGCCGCGACGCAGUACGCGACGUACGCGACGGACUCGCCGGGGCAGUACCCCGCGUUCCACGAUAGCCCGCCGAGCGACCACGAGGGCGCGAUGCAGGACCAGGGGAUGUACAUGCUCGGACUUCCCGCCUCCCAGCAGCAGCAGCAGCAGCAGCAGCAGGUGCCCGUCGUGCCGACCACGAACUACUACGCGCUCGCUGGCCAAGUCGAGUCUGCGACCGCCGUCCGCCACGUCUCCAUGUAA